ACCCACUUUGACAUACCUUCUUCCUGAAACUGAAACUCAAACUCAAACUCAAGGGGCAAUAAUUAUUCUCAUCCACGCGUUUCCCAUAUACUGUGCUAUAAAUCCACGGCGCCACACACACAGUAUUCACCUCACCCAACACCCUCCACUCAUCAAUCUCGCCUACCUUUGCUUUGACUUCCUCUGCAUCCUGCAAAGCAAAGUAGACCACCACAAGCUCGCGUCGCCUGCCGGAUCGAGCUGCCGUCGAUGACCAGGGUCAAGGUGCACCCCAACGCCGCAGCAGCUUCUCUGGCAGUAGUACCAGCGGCGGAGGAGAAGGGGGAGGCGGUGUCGCUCACCGUGUGGCGGCGGUCGCUGCUCUUCAACGGCAAGGGGUUCACGGUGUUCGACAGCAACGGCAACCUCGUCUUCCGCGUCGAGACCUACGCCCGCGGCUCGCCCAGCGAGGUCGUACUCAUGGACGCCGACGGCCUCGCCCUCCUCACCGUCCGCCGCAAGAAGCUGAGUUUGGCGGAGGAGUGGCUCGUCUACGACGGCGACGGCGACGAGCUGGCGCCCAGGCGAUUCACGGCGCGGCGGAACAUGAGUCUGCUCCCGACAAAGUCCCUCUGUCGCCUGUCGCCGGCGCCAUCGCUGGACGGUACGACUGGGGAUGCGCCUGGUUGCCGGUACCAUGUGGAGGGGUCGUACGCCAGUCGCAGCCUCCACAUGUUCGCCUGCACCGGCGGCAAUCAGCGGCGGCGCGUGGCCACGGUGUGCCGGAAGGAGGCCGCCAUCGGACCGGACGUGUUCCGGCUGAUGGUGGAGCCAGACUUCGAGCCGGCGCUGGCCAUGGCCGUGGUCAUACUCCUCGAUCAGAUGAACGCGUCCUAAUUGAAGCCUCGAUACGAUCCAGGCAGCAGCCAUGCAUGCCUGCAGCUAGCACCCUGCUGUGACAACUCUGCUCAAUGCACAAUUCAUACAGAGUUUCCGUGGUAUCCUGAAACUGGAAACAGAAAAAGAGAGGGCAGGAAGCAAUUUGUGGUCGCUUCAUUGCUCAACGCACCCAUUUUUUUUUUGCUUCACGGUUCUUAGUUGCCUCAUCACCAAUGAGCCGAGAUGACCGGCCGAAGCAUUUUACUUAGUGGUGCCAUGUUGUGAUGUUUUGGAUUCAGGAUGUAAGGACAGGAGAUCACAUUUAGAGGUGUUCUACAUAGUCCGGUUUCUCGUAUCUUUUUGUUAGUGAAAAUAAAUAGCACAUAGGUCAUGUGGCUGUAUAUGAAUUCAUAAAUCCGAUCAUUUUUGUUUCCUUCAA